CUCAUGAAUGCGAAAGGUCAUCAUCACGCGCGAUAAGUCUUCUGGUGAAGUGGACUGGUCCUGUGCGAUUUGGUCAAAUCUUACGGCUGAAGAAAUUAAUUAAAAAUGGCUCAACCUCUUCGUGUUUGUGUCACUGGUGCUGCAGGACAAAUUGCCUACUCUCUCCUCUACUCCAUUGCCAAGGGAGAUGUGUUCGGACCCGACCAGUCUCUGGAACUGUUGCUGUUGGACAUCCCACCGAUGAUGGGCAUCGUGGAAGGUGUGGUCAUGGAACUCAGCGACUGCUCUCUGCCACUCCUCAAGAAUGUUGUGGCCACUGACGAUUAUUCCGUGGCUUUCAAGGAUGUGGAUGCGGCCAUCUUGGUUGGAGCCAUGCCGCGCAAGGAAGGAAUGGAGCGCAAAGACCUCCUCAAGGCUAAUGCCAGGAUCUUUGAGGGCCAGGGCAAGGUCAUUGACCAGGUCGCCAAGAAGACUGUGAAGAUCCUUGUGGUUGGCAACCCAGCAAACACCAACUGCCUGAUCACCAAGACCUGUGCGCCGUCCAUCCCUCCUGCCAAUUUCUCCUGCUUGACCCGUCUGGACCAAAACAGGGCCCAGUUCCAGGUUGCCAACAGGUUAGGCGUUGCCUGCGACAAGGUACGCAACGUCAUCAUCUGGGGCAACCACUCUGCAACGCAGUUUCCAGACGUUAAGCACGCAACAGUCCUCGACAAUAGUGGUCAGGCAGGACCAGUCUAUGGGGCUGUCAAGGACGAUGCUUGGCUUCAAGGAGACUUCAUUACUACCAUUCAGAAACGUGGCGCUGCCGUUAUUGCAGCUAGGAAGCUGUCCAGUGCCAUGUCUGCAGCUAAGGCUAUUGGGGACCACAUGCGUGACUGGUGGUUUGGCACCAACCCGGAUGAGUGGGUGUCCAUGGGUGUGGUCAGUGAUGGUUCCUACGGUGUGCCUGAGGGUCUUGUCUACAGCUUCCCGGUCAAGAUCAGUGGCAAGGAAUGGUCCAUCGUCCAGGGUUUGGAGAUCAGCAACUUUGCCCGGGAGAAAAUGGACCUAACUGCCAAGGAGCUGCAGGGGGAGAAAGAGACCGCUCUGUCCUUCUUGGAACAGUGACUGGCCCAGCCCAAACUGUGAGAAAGAAACCAAACACAGCCAUGACCCCAAAACACAGCCACUAUCCAUAAACCCACCCACUAGCAUCACUCAACCCUCCUUAUAUGCUCUUUUAAUUUGGUUGUAUUUUUGUGUGUGUGACUGUCUGUAGGCUGCUCAACGUGUGAAUCCCCCAAACUACUUCCGCUGGUUGAUCGAAUGUAAUAUCAGGGGCCAAUUUCAUAGGGCUGCUCAAUCCCCUCACGUGCUGAUUUUUUUGACUGUGACUGCUGGGCUGUGGUAUGCCCAGUAUGCAAAGCUAAGUCCAGCAGCAGGCCCACAUUGAAACAAGCAGCUGCAUGGUGAAUAGACUGUAUGUGUGGUAUGCACUAAUGCUCACACAAAGCCACCCCUGUGGAUGGCUCCCUAUAUGAAGGGCUUAAGCACAAAAUUUGUAUAAGCAUGAAAAAACUUGGCUUGACAAAUCAGGUUACGGCCCAAACUCCAUUUGAUG